AUGACAUUGGGCCCCAUUGUGGCGCUGCUGGAGCUUGACAUAACGGAAGCUGUAGGGCACCGAAGGCAGUUACCUUGUUUCUCGGAAGCCGUCGAGCUCUCCUUCCCAAAGGUGCAGCCGCCCCCUUCCUCAGACCAGCUCGCCUUCCUCCUUUCCACCACAACCAUCAGCUGCAAAGCUCUCAGCCGCAAAAUGUCUUCUCCACCUCACCAGGCUCCAGCUGUGCUGGACCCAGCCCCAGCUGCAAUAGUGCCUCUGCCCGCCAGCAGUCCGGACUCCAGCGACAUCGUUGCGAACACCAUUGAUGACACACAGGCCCAUCUCACUAUCGAGGCAGAUGAGGCUAAGGAUGUUCUAGCACCGCUGCCUGCCGACACAAGCACUGCUACCGGCAAGGCGAAGAGUUUGACCACAAUCAGCGGGGAUACCGAUUACGCGGCCAGUACUGACAAGCUCUCUAUCGAAGAGAAAAGCAACAGCUCAUCUACGUCCACAGAGGACAUCACCAGCAUGGCUUUUGACCAUUCUGCGCCCGACUCGACCACCAUGACCAUUGUCGCACUUCCAUCUCAAGAGCCUGAGUCGGUGUCAGACAAGGCUGAUGCAAAUGAAGCUAUCAAAUUGGCCGAGCAACAGAAGGCUCCUAGUGAGGAUGGAACACACAGCGCAUCUCCAAAGACUGUAGCCACCACCAAUCCCAACAUAGAUGCCGCCGAUGAGGGCGUUGAGGACAUGAAAACUGGCAGUUCCCAGACUCUCACGGAUCAACCCAUUGAGAACAUAAGCAAUCAUUCAACCACUCCCGAGGACAAGAAGUUUGUUGAUCCCAAUGACUUGGAGAACAUCGGCAACGUCAUAAAGUUCUUCUACACUUCCAGCACCCGCACAAGACCUUCCAGCCCAGUCACGUCGACUCCUGGCUGCUGCAACCCCCGACUUUCUCGCGACAGCGAUCUGUAUGUCAAGGCGAAAGGCGAGGAUGGCAAAGUCUACGUGUUCGAAGUCGUCUCCACCAUUCUCGAGAAAGCCUCUCCCAAGUUCGAGGCCAUGAUCUACGGCAGUCACAAACGUGGCAAUAGAGAGGAGUGGGUUUGGGAGCUGGAGGAGAACCCUCUCGGCCUGAAGAUCAUGUUCUGUCUCCUGCACAAUAAGUUUCCGAGAGCGUUGGUGGCUUCGAAGCCCGUCCCUAGCCAGCUGCACACGGUUUUACAGGUGCUUGACAAGUACGAUGUUGUCCUUGAGGACACAAAUUACCACCUUUUUGCUCCGUCUUGGAUCGAUGGCUUCAGAGAUGGGCUAGACAAAUCGAAGCUGACCAUCUUCGAGCUCCUCCGAGUAGCUCACAAGAUGGGAGAUUUCAAGUCCACCAAGAUUUUGGUUCGGGAAGCCGCUCAUGAGAUCAGUGACGAGGUCAGAAAAAGCUUGCCGGACCCAACAGUCCUGCAGCAGGACAUCUUGGACAGCAUUGGACAGAUUCGACACGAGGACCUCAAAACCCUGUUCGAUGCACUCAGAGUCCCCUUCGACUACCUCAUGGAUGCGUCAAACCUGCAUGGAAAGCAGUACUGCAAAUCCGCCGAAGGUCAAUUUGAGUGUAAUCAGAAACUCCUGGGGUCUCUACUUGCCAAUCUGGUACAGCAGGCUCUGUUUCCCAUCCCAGAGCUUGCACAAUACAAGGGAACUGUGAACGCCUUGAUCGAUAAAUUUGAGAGAAUGGAGAUUAGGGGCUUAUUUUACCCCGGUAUUGUGAUGACUGAGCAGAGACAUACUCAGUGCAAGUUGGGACAGGCCGCCGCUGUCGAAGCAGUCCUGAGUAAGGAUGAUACAAGAGUUCUGCCCUUAUCAGAUGAGCUCGUGGAGUACAUGUACUUCGCAUGCAAGCGCUCUGGUCUUUUGCGGAAGGAACAGAAGGAAUUCGAGCCAUACAAAGAUCGUCUUCGGGAUCUUGACCUUCUCUACCGGGACGAAUUCAAAAAAGACAUAUGGGGAUGGCAUGACCCGGAGGCUUCUGAGGGAGAUUCAUCUGAUGAUUCGGGCAUUUUUUGA